GUGCAGAGCGAGAGAGAGAUUGAAAAAGGGAAACGAGAGACAUUUUGGAACGAACAUGCUCGAGCUCUUGCGCACGUUCGCGUGGAUGGCGAGCCUGCCGGUCGUCCACUUUGUCUUCGCCGUGACCAUCCUCGCAUGGCUCGUGCAGCAUCUGCUGGUGUCAAGUGCACCAGCGACGCUCGCCCAGCCGUCUUCCAGCAGUAACCAGCUCAAUAACGUCGCUGGUGUGCUCAACUCGCCGCUCGAGUACAGACAUCCGACUGGCGGAGGAUCAACAACGCUGGCGUAUCACGAAUCCCUCACCAACCAACCACGAACGCUGUCGGGCUACCAGCGACUCGUGCGCACCCUCGAAGCCACAGUGCGGCAGCUCGAGACGCAAGUGUCCCAGUCAAGCGUCGCGUCUGCCUGCGAUCAGCAACAGCCAAUGCGAGAUUCGAUUGCGCUAGAUGACACACUUGUCCUGGCCGCAAGUCUCGUGCCAAUCUCUGCGCUAGUCUCAUCGCCAAUUUCACCGCCGUUGGUGCUCACAUCCAAAAACCCGUCAAGCGCGCAGGUGGUGGCAUCGCUCGAUGAAAUGCUGGCUAUCGCAGCGGCAGCGACUCCUCAGCGCCCCAGCAAUGUCGCACCUGUGUCAACGCCAGACACAAGCCAAAGCCAGCUGCUGGCAAUGAGUCCACGACCCUCGCUCAUGCAUCAAGCAUCCACCCUCAGUCCCACAAAUGGCGCAAUGACGCCGCGACCCUCGCUCAUGCACCAAACAUCCACCCUCAGUCCACCAAAUGGCGCAACGAAUGCAGCUCUCUUUCAGACGCCGCCUCCCCGCGCGUCGCUUCCUGGAAGUGGAGCGGGCACGCCUGCGGGCUACAGUGACGAAUUUGGCUCUCCGGGUGCCGGUUUGCUUGGAGAUGAGCCUCGUUGCGAGAGUUUGCUAGAGGUCAAAAAGUCGAAAGGCACAGGCGGCAAAAAGAGCGUCGGGCUCAGUACCUGGAAGACGCAGUACUGUGUGGGUCAAGGACAGGUCCUGUUCCUGUACAACUCAAAGCCGGUCGGAAGCUCUGCCAAAACGAAAAUGCCUGCCCUGGUUAGCCUGCAGCGAAGUGUGCUUGACGAAAACCGCGAGUACAGGCAGCGCGCGUUCGUGUUUGCCAUCACACUGGCCGACAGCACGGAGUACUUGCUGCAAGCGGCAACGCACCGCGAAAAGCAAAUGUGGAUUCAGCACUUGCGCACCAAUGCUUGCAUGGGGCUUGAUCCCAGAAGCUCGUCGAUUGGCGGGUCUCCGAUCCACCACUUGUCACCAACCAACUCUGCGGGCAUGCUCUAUGGCUCCCCGCAGACGAGUAUUUCGCCAACGGGAUCUCCAGGAACGCUGGCCAUGAUUGACCCAUCGCUGGCGUCGGCCAUUGCGACCUCGCAGACAGCCUCGCAAAUAGCGGCGUUCAACUCAUUGCGACGCCGUAUGCAGAGCAUGCAAGACGACUUGUCGCAUCUCAAAUCAGGCAUGUCAGAGGUUUCCCAGACGUCCAAGUUCACUUACGCGGGCUUGGUCGACAUGCUGACCGAAAAUUCGGAAAAUGCUGCCAUCAACGAUGCAGAGCUGUAAGAGCCAGGGAAACGAGCGACUUUAUCGGCAGUUGAGCUGCCAAUGAUGAUGCUCUGUCUGUCUCUUCUCGUGCGCGGGUCUUUUCUUGCUUGUUCAAACCAUCUGCUCUACAGUUAGAUGCUGGAGGUUUUGCUGUAAAAUUAGUACAUUCAUUGUUUGUGUUUCCGA